UGCAGUCAACAAAAUAACACAUUUGAAAGGCGAAAUUAGAAUUGAGAUGCCAAAAAAUCAAUGGUUGAAUGGAUAUUUUGCCAAACUGAAUCCAGUGGCCGAAAAGAUAGCGUUCGAUAUGAGUGAAGUGAUAUCGGCCUACGAUCAUGUGUGGCUAACACUGACAACAGCCCAGCAGGAUAAUAUUCUGAACGACACGAUAAUCAAGCCGGAAAUAACAAUUCGAUAUUAUAGCAGUUCACACGCUGGCAAAGAAAUUGCACCUAAUUCGAGCGUGGAGAGCACUCGGAAAAAGGGAACUAAAUGCCAGAAGCAUAAUAUUAUAUAUGCCUUCGAUCGGUUAAAUCUGCGCACAUUUAUUCAUCAGAGCAUCGGGCUGAAGAUUGUACACGAUGAAAACAUUGGGGAUUACCGGGAUGAGCAUUCAUUUCCCUUUAGCUAUAAGACCAAAUCUCAAAUCAAUCUAGCUGCACUUGAGAGUGAUAGCGAUAGUAAUAAUGAUAUAACUGCCAUUCAAUUGAGCACCAAAAUCUUGCCACCAAUUCCAAGAAAAGAUACCAACGAAUCGGAUCAUCAAAAACAAAUAAUCCCAUUCAGAGAUGUUGAACCCAAGAGAAUUGAUAUAGUGAAAUGCACUGAAUCAUCUAUUAAUUCGGUAGCUGCAGAUGAGAAACUCAAUUUAUUAUCCAAUUUUGGAUCAAAGAACACACUACUAAGCAUAUCAACCGAUUCCAACGAUUUUGAUAAUGAUACCAAAGAGCAACAUUCCGAGAAAUGUAAACUAUUGCCAGAUAGUUUGGAAAUGCCCAAAGGAUUUGAUUUCCUAAGUAAUUGGUAAACUCAAUUGAGUUCCGAUGUAUUAUAUAAUGAAACUCUACUCACUUAUAUAUAUAUAUAUUUAUAUAUAUAUUUCACCAAAAACAAUUUAGUCUGAAUUUAUUGCUUAUAAGAAUGCCUGGUCAAGAAAAUGCAAUUUUUACUAUACGCCUUUACAGAACAACAAUGCUUAAUAAAUAUAAAAC